AUGGCUUCCGUGAAGAGCAUGAUCGCCGCCGGCCUCCUUGCUGCGCCUUGCGCAGACGCUUUUGUGGCACCGGGAGGGUCCCAGUCCUCCCAGGCCGUCUCUGGCCUUCGAGGCUCCACGGCUGUGAAGGCUGAGUCUGGCUUCAGCACCUCGGCGUUGGCCGUCGCCACGACCGGCGCUGCGGUGCUGAGCUUCGUGGGUGCAAAGAAACCGGCUGCCCGCAAGACCGUGGCUUGCAGGUUCAGCCCUGAAGCACAGAUUGGGGUCACCGAGCCUUUGGGAUUCUUUGAUCCGGCCGGUUUCUGCAAGGACGAGGCUUCCUUCAAGGACUUGCGAGCCAAGGAGCUCAAGCAUGGCAGAUUGGCGAUGAUGGGCGCACUCGGCAUGCUAACGCAGAGCCUGGUGCAGCUGCCCGGAAUGGAGGGCGUGCCGAAGGACAUUUCGGCCUUCAGCACAGGUGCCGGCCAAACCGGCUUCCUCAUUACCAUCGCCAUCAUUGCGGUAUUGGAGGCGGCUGUCUUCGUUCAGGACGACAGCAAGGAGCCAGGCAACUUUGGCAAUCCCGUGCCUCUGGUUGGGGAUGAUUAUUCGGAUGAGAUGCGCAACCGCGAGAUCAACAACGGCAGGAUCGCCAUGUUCGCCGCCCUCGGACAGAUCGCAGCUGGCCUCUACACGGGCAAAUCCGCCAUUGAGCAAUUCGGGCUUUGA